AUGAGCCCAGAGGAGGCAGAGGAGCAGGAGGCCAAGAAGCAGGCGGCUGAGGACCAGAGACGCGCCAUGCUGGUGGCGGUGAUGAUGCCCGAGGCGCGGGAGCGGCUCGCACGCAUCGCGCUGGUAAAGCCGGACAAGGCCCGCAGUGUCGAAAACAUGAUUCUUGGCGCGGCGCAGCGCGGAGCCAUCACCGAGAAGGUCACCGAGGAGCGAUUGAGAGGCAUGCUGGAGCAGCUGAGCGAGCAGGCCAGCAAAUCGAGCAAGAUCACGAUCCAGCGGCGGCGGCCCAUGUUUGAGGAGGACGACUGA